UAUAUGUUUCUUCGUAUCAGCUUCUCACCAUUAACCACUUUGCUUCUGCUAUGGAGUUUCACUGCCUUGCAUUGUUUUUUUCUCUCAUUGUGAUACUGAUGGCUGCUCAGGCUGCCUUACCUCCAGAAGUUUACUGGGAAAGGAUGCUUCCAAACACACCAAUCCCCAAAGUAAUCAGAGAACUUUCCAAGCUAGGUUAUUUCGAACUAAUUAUGUCUCAAUUGCAAGAUGGUGCCAAAGAGAUUUCAUCACAAGAGAAAUUCCCUUACUUCUAUACCUAUGGUAUUAAGAAAAAGGAAUUACAAGAUGGUGGAGAGAUUUCAUCACAAGAGAAAUUCCCUUACUUCUAUGGCUAUGGUAUUAAGAAAAAUGAAUUACAAGAUGGUGUAAAGAAAAAUCAGUUGCAAGAUGAUUCCAAAGAAAUUCCAUCGCAAGAUGAGACACCUUAUGACCCUCAAUUGAAGGAAAAUGCUGUUCUUCGAGGGAUAGGCCCAGUUGCUAAUCAUCAUCAUCAUGAUCACUCGAAACCAAGUCUAUUUUUCUUAGAAGAAGGAUUGAGGCGGGGCACAAAAUUGGAUGUGCAGUUCCCUAAAAGAAAAUUUGUAACCCCGUUGUUGCCCCGCGAAAUUACAGAACACUUACCAUUCUCAUCAGAAAAGAUAAAUGAAAUA